AUGCGUCGGUCGCUUCCCCUCCCGGUGGAGCUCCUUGGGGUCAUCUUUUGCCUCGCUACUGCAGGAUGCAAAAUCCAGGAUUUAACCAACCUAACCCGUGUCUGCACCGACUUCCGCACCAUCUUGUUCGCCACGCCUCUUUUCUGGACCGACUUGCUCGUAGUGUUCACCCACAACACUGAUCUAAGGAAACUAAUCGCUCAGCUGGGCAAGCUUUUCAAGCGCUCGCAAAAACAAUGGGUUAGGUUGAGCUUGAACUACGAAAGCGAUAUGCCUCAUCAUGAAAUCAACAUCCUCAACGACUUUCUUCUGGACACUGGGUUUACAUUCCGCCUGAAAGGUCUCUCUGUUCGCUUUUCAAAGUCCGUAGACCUUGGACAUCUUGGAACGAUUAUACGCAGUGGCCGCGUAGCCGAUGCGCGGAGAAUCUUCAAUGACUGGGACUUUUUCACACAGUUUCUCGAAAUUGCAGGAGCGAAGGAUGUCAAGCCGUUCGAAGACCUUGAAUAUCUUUCCCUGAAUGUUCUGGACAUGGCCGUUCGAUUACAAUCGCAAACAUUCCGAAGGGGAUUCCCCAAUCUCAAGGUUCUGGCGCUGAACUGUUCUCCUCGUUACGGGCAAGACCGUCUGAAGACCAUCGACUGGGCUGGGAUCGACUUGAAGGGUCUCAAGGCUCUCACUAUCGUGCCGUUUCACGAUCGUGAUGGAUUGGAACUGUCGGCCUACCAUUUGCACACUAUCCUUUCGGGAGCCCCGGAUUUGGAGUCGCUCAACUUGUCUAUUCCACCACAGCCAUCGAUGACGGGAGCACCCCCUGGUCCACUCAUUGACAAGGUCAUCAUCGUCCAUGAGUCCCUCACUGAACUAGUCUUAAGCGGUGGGAUUGAGGAUAUGGCGCGCCUGUUGUCCAAUUUGGCCCUUCCCAAGUUGCGCUCCCUUCGACUUGAAGGGGCGAACAGCGAUCAUGGGUCCCGUCGCCUUGCGCGGCGCGUUCUUGGGACUGGUAUCUUGUCUAAAGUCGAGAAACUAGUCCGCGAUAGUGGGUGUGCGUUAAAGGAACUGAUGAUUGACUUUCAGAUCACCUGGGCGGAGGAGCAGUUGGCAGAGUUGCGCGCCCUGCUCCCGGCAAUGGCUCGACUUACUCUUACCUAG